UGUGAGCGCGGUCUGAAACCCCAAGUCUAAUUUCUUUCUCGAUCUCUCGUUCUCCUUCUUUCGUAAAGAUGGCGAUCUCCUUCAUUCGCUUCUCGAUCAUCGCUGUGGCGUUCGGGUUACUUGCGGUGACCUCCUUCGCCCAGGCGCCCGGAGCCGCCCCUGUGAGGCCCCCCACCGUGGCCCCCGUACACCCUCCCACCCCGCCCCCGGUGAGUCCUCCUACCCCCGCCCCCGUCUCUCCGCCCUCCGCCUCCCCGUCCCCGGCCGCCGUCGUCACCCCCCCGGCAUCCACCCCGACCCACUCUUCCGCGCCGGCCGCCUCUCCUCCGGCCCCUCCGAGGGCCCCCACUCCCUCGGGCUCUCCCACCGGUGCCCCGCCCACCAACAUCGCCGCCCCGCCGUCUGAGGGCCCCUCCGCCACGGGGGGAGAGAACGCCGCCACCGCGUCCGUUGUUAGCUGGAUCACCAUCGCCGGUGCUGUCGCCGUCGCGUGCGCGUUGUAGAUCCGUGCGAUACGUUCGGCGCUUUCUCCGCCGUUGAUCCUCGAUCAUGCGAUCACUAUUAUAUUGUUUACCUUUUUUUUUUAUUCAUUUCUUUUUGGGUUUUCGUGUGUAGACAUGUGAGUUGGGCUGACAGCACGGUGCUGGACGUUGUACUUCUUUUGACUAUUUUUUUCUUCUUUGUGAUUCUUUCUUUUUUACCAUUAUACCCUUCACUGGUUGGCCUAUUAUUUUCCUCUGUGAUUGUUAUGUGAAAGGAUAAAAUGGGAAUUUGGACA